CACCCGCGUGUCCCCGCAGGCGGCGCCGACAAGCAGCAGAUGGACGCGGAGCUGCGCAAGGAGAUGAUCGCCAUCUGGCCCAACCUGUCCCCCAAAAACCUGGACCUGCUCGUCACCCCCCACAAGUCCACCGACCUGACGGUGGGCAAGAUCUACGCGGCCAUGAUGAUCAUGGAGUACUACCGGCAGAGCAAGGCCAAGAAGCUGCAGGCCAUGCGCGAGGAGCAGGUGGGACACGGCCACUGUCACCCGCUGUCCCCUCCCUGUCACCUCCCGCUGUCCCCCCCGCUGCUGUCCCGCAGCCCCCGGAUGGCGUUGUCCUCUGCUCUGCCACCUCUGGUGUCCCGGUGUCCCCAUGUCCUGGUGUGCUGGUGUCUCCCUGUCCUGGCAUCCCCAUGUGUCCCGUGUCCCCUGCCCCAUGGGCGGCCCGGCCUGCGCGACCCCUACAGCGAGACGGACGAUGACUGCUGCUAG